UUCUUCCCAGCGGAAUACCACCUGAAACCGUCGACAGUUUCAUUUCGUUGGGGAUGGGGAGGUUUCAUUUCGUUGGGACGACGUCACGGCGCCAUGAACUAAAAGGAUUUCUGUUUCCCUCGUAGAGAUCUCUUUCUCUUGCUCAAGAAAGAACCAAGUCGUGGUAGGGUUAUGAGUCGAAGCAACCGAUGCCGAAGUCGCCCAGGGUCUUCCACACUAGCCCGCUCUCCCGCUUUCGGCACCUCGCCUCCACCUCCGCUUUCUCCCUCGUUUGCCUCGUCUUUGGCAUCACCGGAAUCCUCUUCGGCGUCAUCUCCGUCUCGCUGCCCGUCCGAAGGUGCCUCGAUAUGGAGCCCAGGUCGGUCUCCGUGGUGUGGGACCACGGCGGCGGCACCGGUGGCGGCGGGACGGCGGAACGGCGCAAGGUGAUGGCCUUCGUCGGGAUCCAGACGGGGUUCGGAUCCGUCGGCCGGCGGAGAUCCAUCAGGCGGACGUGGUUGCCCUCCCAUCGCCAAGGACUCCUUCGCUUGGAAGAAGCGACCGGUUUGGCUUUCAGAUUUGUUGUCGGGAAGACUAAGGAUAAAUCGAAAAUGGCGGCGCUUCAACUGGAGGUGAAGGAAUACGACGAUUUCAUGCUUCUAGAUAUCGAGGAAGAGUACAGCAAUCUCCCACAUAAGACGUUAGCAUUCUUCAAAGCAGCCUUUGCAUUGUAUGAUUCCGAUUUCUAUGUUAAAGCUGAUGAUGACAUCUAUUUGAGGCCAGACCGUCUCUCGCUGCUUUUGGCUAAAGAACGGCAGAAUCCUCAAACUUAUCUUGGAUGCAUGAAGAAGGGACCUGUAUUUACUGACCCAAAACUCAAAUGGUAUGAGCCACUAGCAUACUUGCUCGGAGAAGAAUAUUUCCUUCAUGCUUAUGGUCCUAUAUAUGCACUUUCAGCAGAUGUGGUCUCGAGCUUGGUUGCACUGAGAAACAACAGUAUCCGAAUGUUCAGCAACGAGGAUGUGACAGUAGGAGCUUGGAUGCUUGGAAUGAAUGUCAACCACGAGAACGUCCAUUCUCUUUGUGAGCCUGACUGCACGUCAUCAUCGAUUGCCGUUUGGGAUAUUCCAAAUUGCUCAGGUCUCUGCAAUCCAGAAGUGAAGAUGUUAGAGCACCACAAAAGGGAGAUUUGUUCGGGUGGUUCAACAACUUCGAAUGGAUGACAUGAUACGAUGAGGCUUAGUUAUCUAAAACGACAAAGGACCAUCGCCUUAAAUGGGAGCAGGACUUGUGUGGCAAAACGAAGUCACUCCUCAGAUCAGCUGUCAAAAUUUGAGAAUGAGACUAUAUUUUCAUCUGUCAGUGUAGGAUGCUAUAUUGUUUCAAGUAGAAUGCCUAAACGCCCAGGACAUCCGAAACAUUUCGACACCCACUGCCUGUUUUUUCUCUUUUUGAAUAUUAUCUCAGUUUAUUAACGAUCUUAAAUUUGAGGAAAUCAUACAUUUGA